GCUAAAAUUGUUUAAAAUCUUUUUUAGCAAACAUUUCAUUAAAAUAUCUUGGUGAUGUGAAAAUUUUCCAAGAUUUAAGGAAUGAGAGUGAAUUUUGAAUUGAACAUUGCCGCUUAGUUAAAAUUCAGCUCAAUUUACUUGCAAAAAAAUGAUCUAAAAGCUAACAAAAAUAAGACAAAAAUCCAGCAAAAACAUUAAAUAAACUAAACCAACAACCAACAAAAUCUUCAUCUAAUUAAUUAAAACGACGAGUGGUAGUUGAGUCAGUGAGUUGCGAAAUUCAACGAAAGCUAUUAUGAAAGUGCAUACAACAAGUCAAUUGGAGUUUUUAAUAUUAUUAAAAUCCAAAGCAAAAAUCAAAACAAAAGCAUUGCAGCAACAACAGCUGCACCAGGAGUCACGGCAGCCACAAAAGCAGCUGUUAAUUAAAUUUUCAAGGAAACAGCAAAAGCAAAAUCAACAAAAGUUGCAAACAAAACAAACCAUAAGCACGGCUGCGUUUCAAAAACUUAAGCAACAACAAGCAGCAGAGAAACAAAUACAAACACGACAAACAUGAGAAACAACAACCAGAAAAUCAACAACAACAUCAACGCUACAACAAGCGCAAUCACUUAUUGCUGCUCAACCAACAUCCUCCGCUGCAAUUGUGCCAUAGUAAAUUGGCUUUCAUAGAGCUGGCACAUUACUGGCUACAACAAAAAUCCGCGACACCGGUCAACGACGCAGUCGAUACAGUGCCCGGUAGUAAAUCAAAAUUAAAUUCUUUAAAACGGAGGGACUAACAUUCGCAUUGCUGGCGGGCCCCAUGGGCCAGGCUGCAAGUAUGUGCCGAUUUCGUGGAUGUCGCUACAAAAAGAAUAAAUGUAAUAAGAAUACAACAACAACGACGCAAGCAAAUACAGCGGCAACUGAAGAAGCAGCAGCAGUGGCGCAAGCAGAGGUGCCAUCAGAGGCAGCAGCAACAACGGCCGAUACAACAACAACGGCUGCAGCAGCAGCAGCAGCAGCAGCAGCAGCGGCAGAACAGAUUGCAACGAGUACGGCGACUAGUACGCCGGUGUCAGGCCUGCAAACACAAACACACACCUACCAUCAUCAUCAGAAUCUUACCGGCAGAAUGCCUGCGGCGGAGCAGGGGGGCACAGGGUGCCUAACAUUGGAUAGCGCUAAUGCGUUAAGUCCACGUACCGGUGUCCCCCUGCACCUGCAAACUACGCCACAUCAAUACCAGCAUCAGCUUCCGCUUCAGCAUCAGCAACAGCAACAACAAAACCUACACACCAUGCAACAUACGACACAGAAGGGCUACGAUGCCGAACAAGCGCGCAUGGAAGCGUGGAUGGAUGAGAAUCAAGAAUUUAUACAGGAUUAUUUUAUAAGAAAGGCCACACGACAGGUGGUUGAUGCCUGGCUCGUUUCACAUGCCACCUCAGCUGGAAAUGAUGUCUCUUUGACUGGCUCACUCACACACACCAACGGACAAAGUUGCUCAUCGCGUGGUGGUUCCGGAGCGACAACGCCCGUGAGAAAAAUUUCAGCGCAUGAAUUUGAACGUGGCGGUCUACUGAAGCCAAUUGUCAACACCAUUGACGGUACGCCGACAUUCUUAAGUAUAGGCACACAAAAUGAUUGCUCGUCAAAUAACAAUAGCAAUAUUGGUGGCAGUAAUGGCAAUAAUGUCGGCGGCGCAGGCGGUGGUAACUGUAACAACAGCAAUGGCACGGGCACAAUGGGUGCUCAUCACUAUCAUCACCAUCAUCAUCAUCAUGGACAGACGGCGCACGGCAGUAUGGGCUACUAUCGGCCACAGCGUUUGUCACGCAACGAGUUGAAGGCUUUGGAUGAGAAGGAGCUUAUUUUUGAACUGGUAAAGGAUAUCUGCAAUGAACUGGAAGUGCGUACAUUGUGUCACAAAAUCCUGCAGAACGUGUCAAUAUUAUUGAAUGCCGAUCGUGGCUCAUUGUUUCUGGUGCAAGGACGUUGCAGUACCGGCAUUGAUGGACCCAAGAAAUGCCUCGUUUCGAAAUUGUUCGACGUUUGUCCACGCAGCACCGUGGAAGAGAUGGAACAGCAGGAAGAAGUGCGCGUUGCGUGGGGCACUGGCAUUGCAGGGCAUGUGGCUGAGAGCGGUGCACCAGUGAAUAUACCAGAUGCGUAUCUGGAUGAGCGCUUCAAUGGUGAAAUCGACAGCAUAACUGGCUAUCGGACAAAAGCGUUACUUUGCAUGCCCAUUAAGGAUUCAUCGGGCGAUGUCAUCGGUGUGGCGCAGGUCAUUAAUAAAUUAAAUGGUGAAUGCUUCACAGAGGCCGACGAGAAGGUCUUCGCUUCCUAUCUGCAAUUCUGUGGCAUUGGCUUGCGUAACGCUCAGCUUUACGAGAAAUCUCAGCUGGAAAUUAAGCGUAAUCAAGUGUUACUCGAUUUGGCGCGUAUGAUCUUCGAGGAACAGAGCACAAUUGAGCACAUGGUAUUGCGUAUACUCACACACAUGCAGAGCCUCAUACAAUGUCAGCGCGUACAGAUUUUGCUGCUGCACGAGGCGUCGAAGGGCAGCUUCUCACGCGUAUUCGAUUUUGAAGCGAACGAUCUCAGUCACGAGGAGAAUACGUCACGGACGAGUCCGCAUGAGUCACGGUUCCCCAUAAAUGUGGGCAUCACCGGCUAUGUGGCGACAACUGGUGAGACUGUAAAUAUACCAAACGCUUACGAAGAUGAUCGCUUUGAUGCCAGCGUUGAUGCUGAGGGCAAUUUCAAGCAAAAGUCCAUUUUGUGUAUGGCAAUAAAGAACUCGCUCGGCCAAAUUAUUGGCGUCAUACAGUUAAUAAACAAAUUUGAUGAUCUGAACUUUACCAAAAACGAUGAGAAUUUCGUCGAAGCCUUCGCCAUCUUCUGCGGCAUGGGCAUACACAAUACACACAUGUACGAGAAGGCAAUUGUGGCUAUGGCCAAGCAAAGUGUCACAUUGGAAGUGUUGAGCUAUCAUGCAUCGGCGACCAUGGAUGAAGCGCAUCGGCUGAGGCGAUUACGCGUACCCUCUGCAGCCCAUUUUAGCUUACACGAUUUUCGCUUCGAUGAUAUACAUUUUGAAGAUGACGAUACGUUGAAGGCCUGCCUUCGCAUGUUCCUCGAUUUGGACUUUGUUGAACGUUUUCACAUUGACUACGAGGUGCUUUGCCGUUGGCUGCUGAGCGUUAAGAAAAAUUAUCGCAAUGUUACUUAUCAUAAUUGGCGACAUGCCUUCAAUGUGGCUCAAAUGAUGUUUGCCAUACUAACGAUUUCCCAUAAUGGACAGGCGACGCAGUGGUGGAAGAUUUUCGGCGAAAUCGAAUGUUUGGCAUUGAUCAUCGGUUGCUUGUGUCACGAUUUGGAUCAUCGGGGGACUAAUAACUCAUUCCAAAUCAAAGCCUCUUCACCAUUGGCUCAACUAUAUUCUACAUCCACAAUGGAACAUCAUCAUUUCGAUCAGUGUUUAAUGAUUUUGAACAGCCCUGGCAAUCAAAUAUUAGCCAAUCUGUCAUCUGAUGAUUACUGCCGGGUUAUACGGGUAUUGGAGGAUGCCAUUUUAUCAACAGAUUUGGCGGUGUAUUUUAGGAAACGCGGCCCAUUUCUGCAAUCCGUACAAGAACAACCGCUCAGCUAUUGGGAGGCUGACGAACCCCGUGCUCUGCUACGUGCUAUGAGCAUGACUGUCUGUGAUUUAUCGGCCAUUACGAAACCAUGGGACAUUGAGAAACGUGUGGCCGAUUUAGUGAGCUCGGAAUUCUUCGAGCAGGGCGAUAUGGAGAAACAGGAAUUGAAUAUAAUGCCCAUUGACAUUAUGAAUCGCGAGAAGGAGGAUGAAUUGCCCAUGAUGCAAGUUAAUUUCAUUGAGUCAAUAUGCUUGCCAAUUUACGAGGCUUUUGCAAACCUCUCCGACAAACUGGAGCCACUGGUCGAAGGUGUGCGCGAUAACCGCGAGCAUUGGAUCGAAUUGGCACAACAAGUACAAAAUAAAGAUAAAGCAGCAAUUAGCAGCACCAAUGGUGCCGUCGAAACCACAAAGCAGAAUGGCUGCAUUUCCGAUGGACGAAGCGAUGUGACUGAUGAGUUAGGUACGACGACAGCCAUUGUCAAUUGUGACAGCAACGCCGAUGAUGGCAUAUCAACAGGCGCUGAGUGCGAGACAGAUGAGCAAAUCGAUGGUAAAAAUACAAAAAACAACAGCAACGACGACGAUGAUAAUAACGACGAUGAUAACGACGAAGAAGAUGAGCACUUGUGUGCAGAGGAAGAAGAGGCAGGCAUUGAAGCGGAUGAUGAUGAUUCCGACAUGGAGGCGUCACGUCACUCCAACGGCUGCUUCUCAUCUGGUUCGAGUCGAUUGAGCACGCCACCACCCACAGGCGAAGACGACAGCGUACCCACCUCACCGGCUAAAAUGACGCAGGCCAAGUUAAUUGCCGCAAAUUUGAAUAAUUUGAAUCAACAGACACAAAAGUCAACGAGCAACUGCUGUCGCAGCUGUGAGUAUGCGCGCUGCAGUAGUAAUAUGCGCAAGGCCUCCUCGCUCAAGGGUACCAAAGAAUUGCAACAACAACUGAGCUCACAAGCACAAAAUGGAGGCGGCAGUUAUGGCUAUCACAGUCGUAGUACACCCUCAAUGAAUAUGACGACGACAACGGCGGUGAAUAUAUCAAAUGGCGCGCAACAAAAUCACAGCAGCAAUACACAUCAUCAUCAUCAUCAUCACCACCACCACCACCACCGUCAUCAUGGUCACCACCACCACCAUCACCAUCAUCACCUCCACAAUAAUCAGCAUUCGACGCAUAGUGGCAAUGGCGGCGGCGGCAGUGGCGGCGGCGGUGGCGGCACGGGUACCGGCAACACAUCGAGCGGCGCCGAAAGUGAUAGAAUACCAAAAAUAGUCGGUAAGCUGGGUAAUAUCGAUAGUCUGCAAUAUCUCGCAGACGGUGGCAAUGGCGCUGCUGAGGCGCUACUCCGUGCCAAUGCUGGUAGUGGUACACCAAAUGGCAUUGCAUUCACACCAAAUGGUCAUGUCACCUAUUUUGCUGCCAGUGAUGUGCCCGCGUUGACAACAACGGCGAGUGUUGUGGCACCGGUAGUAGCGGCAGCAGUGACACCUACAAUGGCAGCGACGGCGGCGACAAGCGCAUGUGAUAAAUGAAGAGUUUGAGGAGUAGUCUAAGCGAAAGUUUUAGAAGAUUUGAGUUCUUUUAGUAUAAAAGCUAGCUAACUUCAAGUAGUGUAUGUAUUAUUAGCUGUAAUUGAGAUACGGACGUUUACAUAAAUACUUUCGUUGGUUGCUGACGGUCAAUGGGUGCAUUGCUCUCUGAUCGACGACACAAAUAUAAAAUCCUUUUGUAUUAGUGAAGAACGUACAUAUGUAUGUGUAGGGACUAGCCCUUACACUGGCGCGGUAAUACACUCAGGUGACAACACUGGGCGAGAUGAAGAAACGUCAAUUUUAAAAUUUUAACCGAUGCACGUCAGCUAACGUCACGCGAAAAA